UAUAAAAAUUUAUCAUAUGCUACUUGCCGAAUCAGAUUCUUAAUCCAGAAAGCAAGUUAGCCAGUUGCCACUGACUAACAUUUCUAGAGGGAGAAAGAAACAUUAAAGUAAAUGUGAAAGCUGAGAGGUUGAAGAAAAAGCAAGAAAUGGCGGCCUAUGCAGCUCUCGUUGAUGAAGCAUACCCCCUCCACAUUCUUUGAACUUUCUCUCUCCUAUUUUCUUUCUCUCUCUACCCCCUCUCUCCCACACCCAACAAAAAAUGGACUUCUUCGUGUUUUUAGUGACGACGACUCCAGUCCUUACAAGAUUGCAGGGGACCUGCUUUCGACUCUCGAGAGCAAAGAAGAGGCAGCAAGAGUGAGCAAAAAAGAAGCCAAGGAGCUGAGAUCUUGUCUGAAAUUUCUGGUUCCCUUGUGCCCUAGAGAGAAGGAGCAUGAUUAUGAUAAAUUGGAGGGACAAAGAGAUUUAGGGAAAAUAUAGGGAUGGAGAGAUGCAGAUGAGAUGGGGUGGUGGCCUCCGUUGCCAGUCAUGGAGCUUGGUCGCCUCGCGGUGGAGUCUGGUGGGGAUCCGGGUGCCAUUUAGAGGGCUUAGAAUCCCACCAUGAUUCCUGUGAGCGCUCCCAGUUUCUGUCUCUAUAUUUCAUUUUUUUGUCAACUUGUCCAAUUUUUCCAUAUUUUGUCUUUUUCCUUUUUAAAUCCAGAUGCCAGAAACCACCAAAGCCACCUCUAAUGAUUCAGCCACCACGAGCGGCCACCAUCUGCGCUUCUCUCUGCCUUCUCUGCACUGUCUCAUCAAUACCAGCAAUAGCAUUCAUGGUCACUGCUCAUAGCUCGGGCUAAGUUGCAAUUUAUGGAUUCAACCUCCAAGUUGACUCCAAAUGGUCAGGUGAGAGAUGGCGUUUAGAUAGAGACCGUGAUGUGAGAAAGAGGGAUAGGGUGUCAUUUCAAUAUUUAUUUGGGUAAAAAUUUUUGGGAAAAAGGAUCCGGGGGUUAGUUAUGAGAUAGAAAAUAUGAAAACUUUUGCAUACAAGAAAUAUUCUCAUUUCCCGGUCCCAGAAGCCCGUCCUUUUCAGUCGCCCAUCCUUUUAAAAGGGAUCACUCCGUUCUCUUAACAAAGCAAGUAAAAACUUGUUUCUCAAGCUCUUCUGCAUUUUCAGUAGCUCUCUUGUUUUCUUGCUUUCCCCUCUGGUUGUUCCCCUAUAGAGAGAUAAAGAGAGAGAUAUGAAGGAUUCUCAAGAGAGUGACAGAGAGAGAAAGAAGAGGAAGUAUGGCUAGAUAUGAUCGUGCGAUCACUGUAUUCUCCCCGGAUGGGCAUCUGUUUCAGGUGGAGUAUGCCCUAGAAGCUGUCCGCAAGGCAAACGCUGCGAUAGGUGUUAGGGGCAUGGACACCAUUGUCCUUGGUGUCGAGAAGAAGUCCACUACUAAGCUAUAAGACUCUCGAUCUGUUCGGAAGAUAGUGAGUCUCGAUAACCACAUUGCAUCGGCCUGUGCUAGACUGAGAGCAGAUGCACGGGUUUUGAUCAAUAGGGCACGCAUUGAAUGCCAAAGUCACAGGCUUACUGUUGAGGAACCUGUAACUGUUGAAAUAACACGUUAUAUUGUCGGUCUUCAGCAGAAGUAUACACAAAGUGGUGGUGUGAGACCAUUUGGACUUUGAACUUUAAUUGUGGGUUUUGACCCGUAUAAUGGUGUUCCUUCGCUAUAUCAGACAGAUCCUUCGGGAACAUUUUCCUCCUGGAAAGCUAAUGCAACAGGGAGAAACUCAAAUUCAAUGAGAGAAUUUCUGGAGAAAAAUUACAAGGAAGCUUCAGGGCAAGAAACUAUCAAACUGGCCAUUCUUGCGCUUCUUGAAGUAAGCUGCUUGGGUAAAAACAUAGAGAUUGCAGUGAUGACCAAAGAGGGACUGCACCAACUUGAGGAAUUAGAAAUUGAUGCUAUUGUUUCAGAAAUUGAAGCGGAGAAAGCAACUGUUGAGGCUGCCAAGAAGGGGUCCCCAAAAGAUACCUAACGGAAUUUUGUUCCUUCUCUUAAUACUGUAUUGUGGUGACUGCCUUUUUAGGUGUUUUGAUAUCCUUUCUAAUUAACAAUUGCUUUCAUUUGCUGGAGUUGGGGUACCUGAAAAGUAUAAUUGGCGACAUUAAGUUACAGUGAGAUACUUUGGUAUGAAUCCAUUCCUUCUUCGUAUUCAACAUUCUGUCAUGAAACUUCGAAAGUUGGCACUAGGAAUUCUCACUUGUUGCAAAUAAUAUUACUAGUGCCCUACCCCAAAUUAUGAGAUCUUAUGCAGGCCAGGAUGAUGUUCUCAUGCACUCACUGUGUGCAUGCACUUUCUUUACUCUCCUUAUGUGGAUCGGUCACUUUUGAGGGGGAAUGCACAGUCCGAUCUGGUCAGAUUGGCGGGUCUAGAUGACAUUGCACCAUUUAGUGGGACGAUUAAGACAGCAUGAUGAUUCCCUUUAUGUGAAGGGAAAAGUUUAAAUGCUGGUUUAUUCAAAUGUGGCCUCCUUCCAAAAAAUUGGCCUUAAGAGAUGGUUUUACGAUUUAAAACGCAAGUUAUUUUAGAUGUAUUUUUGCUUUGGAUCAUAAUAUUAUAGUUCAAAAGAAUAGUGCAGGUCUGAUGAUUUGCAAAGAAUUACGUCAGUGGUCCAAAAGUAAAGUAUAAAAUAGUUAUUUACA